UUUGAGAGAGGAAUCCUCGGCCGCUAGUACUUUACUCACUGAGUCUGACCCAUGUAAUAAUUUCUCCUAUAUCAUAUAUGCAUGCCUUUAUCCCAACCAGCAACAACCAGAGUUAUAAGCAAACAAAUCAUCAAAACUCCUAUCUCCGUUGUCUGAUCACUGUCACCAGAGCUGAGGCCCGGUAUUAAUGAUGGCUGUUGACCUACACAGUCCGGAGUUACUGCUUCCCUCUAACUUACUCUAUGACGCGGAAGCUACUGUUGCAGAGACGAAUCUCAAUCUCAAAGAGUGUUCAACCUAUUAUCAGUCCUGGGAAGCUCUACCCGGAACUGAAUCGGUUUUCAGUUCUCCUGUUGAGUCGGAACUCGGUUCGGCCGAGGCAGGGACUGACAUGGACGACGAUUACAUUGCCGAGCUAGCUCGCCAGAUGGCUCACAGCAUGCUCGACGACGAUGGCGAAAACUCCCUCCCUUGCUCUGAGAAAUCCGGAAAGACAUGGGGUUCGGCUGAUUCGCCACAAUCAACGCUCUGGUCACCGCUGGGCUCGAACCUUGGAAGCCCAGAUGGUCCAUCUCAAGAACCAUCGCCACCACCUACUCCUCUCAUCUUUGGAGGAGACCGGCCCUUUUCGGAUGGCACCUACGAUGUUGGAAGGUUGGAGAAGAUGGACCUAAACGAUUACGAGAUGCCCAAAUACCUAGAUGAAGGACUUCGGAGCAUGCCAUUCAAACCAAAUGUUGGGUUAAACUCAAACGAAGCUCUCACUGACGAUCAACUGCGUGCUAUUCAAUUCUCUAGACCGAAACAGCGUGUUCCGACCCAACAAGGCUCUCCGAAUUGGGGAGGACAAGCUAAAAUUUCUCAGCAACCCGAGCGAAGACAACAGCCACAGCAGUUUCAGAAGAAAGGUGGGUCUGUCGAUGGAGGAAGGGCAACUCGUACAAACCCAUGGAUUCAGACCCAGCAACAGGUAAAGUGUCACCAGCAAAACGGAUCGGGUAUGAAGAUAUUUUUCCUGGGUAGCGAUUCAGGAAGUACCGAGUCAUCAUGUGGGACAGGUGUUUUCUUGCCUCGCGGAAUCUGGUACUCUUCGGAAUCACGCAAGAAACCAGGAUGCUCCCCUGUGUUUAUCCCCGCAAGAGUAGUGCAGGCCCUACAGCACCAUUUUGACCAAAUGAGCGUGAGGUCUCAAUCCAAUGCGGGUGGUUCUUCUCUUCAACAUGAUGCGUCGAUGAUGGGUAGGAGAAAUAUCUUAAAUUCAAAGCAGAAACGCCACAGUCGGACGGUGCCAGUCACGAGCCAUCAUGAUAUCGGUCUGCCUCAAGAAUGGACGUAUUGAGCGUUUGACGCCACACCACUUUCGUAUACCUUGUUCUUCACUUCUAAUCUGUCGCUGAUAAUGUCGUUUGGGCAGUUUUUGCUCGAGGAAAAGAAAAGCGGAGGAGGAUUGAAAAAUGAAUAAAAGGGGAAAAUAAACGAAUGACUCGUGUUGGGUCAGUUCAAAGAAUCUCCCAACUAUUCCUCCGUGGAUGACGAUAAUAAGACAGACAAACAAGUCAAUAGACAAAUUGGAAAAUAUAUUAUAUAUGUUUUACUUUUCCUUUUCUUGAUUUGAUAUGGUUAAUUUAUGUAACAAGAGGAAAUAUUAAAUAAAUAAAUAAA